GAAGCUCCCAAGUGCUUUAAUUGCGGAAAGGCUGGACAUCUGAUCAAAGAUUGUCGCCUACCAAGAAGGAGGGACUUCAAUUAUUACAAGCAGAAGAUGCUCAUGAACAAGCAGAAGAUGUUCAUGGCAAAGCAAGAAGAUGAAAAUGCUGCAAUGCUCGCUGAGAAGGACCAUUGGAUGGAGGAUGAUUCUUCAGAUGAGGAAGAAGAAAAAUUAGCUUUGAUGGCAAUCGUGGAGAAGGAUGAAAGAAAGGGUGAUGCUGCGAUCCCCAGAGAUGAUGAAGGUGAAAGCUCAAAUAGCAAUGAACCAAAGUGAGUCGGAGAUGGGAGAAGAAAGAGGAGUGGAGGAAGAAACGAAGAGAGGUUGCUGAAGGAAAGAAG